ACCCAUUACCCUUUAAACUCCUAUAAAAAUAGACCAUUUCUUUAUAACACAACGUACAACAUACCACAACUAAUCAAACAAUUACUGAAAAUCUUAUAUUCAAUCACUACUCAUAAGUAAAAAUUAUGGGCUCUUUAUCUAUUACCCAAACACAAAAACCUCAUGCGGUAUGUAUCCCUUAUCCAGCUCAAGGUCACAUAAAUCCCAUGUUAAAAUUAGCCAAAAUUCUUCAUGCAAAAGGCUUUCAUAUUACUUUUAUUAACACUGAAUAUAAUCAUAAUCGUCUCCGACGGACUCGUGGCGACGAGGCCGUCGCAGACAAACCUUCUUUUCGAUUUGAGACGAUAACGGACGGGAUGCCGCCUUGUGAUGCGGAUUCGACUCAGGAUAUUGCGACGUUGUGCGUGUCUACGGAGAAGUAUAGUUUGGGUCCGUUUAAGAAGGUGCUUGCGCGGCUAAAUGAGUCGGGGGAUGUGCCGCCUGUGAGCUGUGUGGUGUCGGAUGCUGCUAUGUUUUUUACGCUUGAUGCAGGGGAAGAGUUGGGUGUUCCUGAGGUUUUGCUUUGGACGGCUAGUGCUUGUGGGCUUUUGGGUUAUGUUCAAUAUCAUAAGCUUGUUCAGUUAGGUCUUGCUCCAUUUAAAGAUGAAAAUUUCUUAACAAACGGGGAUCUUGAUCAAGUCUUAGAUUGGGUACCAGGCAUGAAGAACAUCCGCCUACGCGAUCUUCCAAGCUUUAUAAGAACAACAAAUCCUGAUGAGCUUAUGCUUAAUUACAUUCAAAGACUUUCAUAUCAAAUCAAAAGGGCUUCAGCAAUUCUCUUCAACUCAUUUGAUGAAUUAGAGCAAGAUGUGCUCCAAUCUUUCCCAUCAGAUUUUCCACCCCUUUACACUGUGGGCCCAUUACAUCUCCUUUUAGAUUCUACAAAUGCUACCAAUAAUGAAGAAACAAAAUCAAUUAGUACAAGUUUAUGGCUAGAAGAUCCUCAUUGCCUAGAAUGGCUUGAUUCCUAUGCACCAAAUUCGGUUGUUUAUGUCAAUUUUGGAAGCAUUACGGUUAUGACUAAUGAACAAUUGAUCGAGUUUGCUUGGGGGUUAGCUCAUAGUGAGCAACCGUUUUUGUGGAUAACUCGACCUGACUUAGUCAUCGGAGAUGAGGCUGUUCUACCACCUGAAUUUUUGGAGAUGACUAAAGGACGAGGACUUAUUACUAGUUGGUGUAACCAAGAGCGGGUUUUGAACCAUCCUGCAAUUGGCGGGUUUUUAACUCACUGUGGAUGGAAUUCGAAUUUAGAGACUUUAAUUAAUGGGGUGCCUGUUGUGUGUUGGCCUUUUUUCGCGGAGCAACAAACUAAUAGUUGGUAUUGUUGUGGCAAGUGGGGUGUUGGGAUGGAGAUUGAUACCAAUGUGAAGAGGAGUGAAGUGGAGAAGCAAGUAAGGGAAUUGAUGGAAGGUGAGAAAGGGAAAGAUAUGAAGAGAAAUACUAUGGAAUGGAGAAGGUUGGCCCAUGAGGUUACUAAUGGCCCGGAUGGGACUUCUUACAAGAAUUUAAACAAGGUUAUUGAACUUCUUAUGGGAUCUCAAAAGUAGAAAUUUUUUAUUUUUCCCAACUUUUUUUAUUUUAUAGAUGGUAAAAGGGUGGCUUAUUAGUCGUCAUCUUUAUGUGUUUUUUUAUUUAUCUUUGUAAUUUAUGUUAUUUUAAAUUAAUUUGUCAUAUUAUUUUUCUUUUUGCCAAUUGAAAUUGUAUAUCAAUCAAAACACAUAGUUCUAUUAUAGGAGGAGCCCCAUUAGAUCAGAUCAAAAGUAUAGUCGUUAGUUGGUUUGAAUACAUACUUAUGUAGUCAAGCAUAGGGGUGAUGGUUCGGUGUUUGGUUUGGAUUAUACACAAAUCCAAAUGAAACCAAAUUAAAUUUAAUGUUGUCUUUUUCAGUCCAAAUCCAAAUCAUAUUUUUUAUAAUCUAAAUUAAAUCAAAUCGAAUUUUA